CUGUUGUGGUCGACGAAAUAAAGAAUAUCAUAAAAUUCUGGUUAGAGAAAGGAAUAGCCGGCAUGAUAAUCAACUCUGUGAAUCAUAUCUUCGAAACUGACAAAGAUAAUUUCGGUGGACAUUACCCCGACGAGCCGCUAACUGGGAAGCCGGGACAAAGACCUGACGACUACGGGUAUUUAGAACACAUAUAUACCAAGGAUCAAGAGGAAACUUAUGAGCUGGUGUCACAAUUGAGGGAAGCGUUCGACGCCAUCUCCGUCCGUGAUAAUAUGACGAGGGUAAUGAUGACAAAUACACACACGAGUAUUAAAAAUGCAGUGAAGUAUUACGGCGAGGGAGCCCACUUGGGAUCACAUAUCCCCUUAAAUUUUGCCCUUAUAGAGGGUCUCGAUAAGAGUUCAGAUGCUAGGGAUAUUAAGUAUGCGGUAGACCGAUGGCUCACUUACAAGCCGCUGAGGAAGCAAGCUAAUUGGAUGAUCGGUGACCACGACAGAAGUAGGGUGGCGUCGCGGUUCAGAUCAGAACUGGUGGAUGCUUUCAACAUGCUCAUCUUGCUUCUACCUGGGGUCGCUGUAACAUACAUGGGAGAAGAAAUAGGUAUGCAGGAUGGGUUCGUCCCUUGGACUGAAACUAAAGACCCAUUGGCCUGCAACACGGACGAUCCCGUCAACUUCGUGGAAGUAUCCAGAGAUCCCGUUCGUACUCCCUUCCCAUGGAGCAAUGGUAAAAAUGCAGGGUUUUCGACGGCUGACCAAACAUGGCUUCCGGUGGCGGAGGGCUUCGAGUACUUGAACGUGGCCAACCAGCGGUCGGCGGUACGCUCCCACUACCAGGUGUACCGCGCCCUCACCAACCUGCGUAUACGAGCUGCCUUCAAGUAUGGACGCAUGGAGUCUCUAGCGCUCAACAACGAGGUGUUUGCUUUCAAAAGGUGGCAUAACGACGAUGCUUACGUGAUAGUAAUGAACGUUGGAAGAACCUAUCAAGUGGUCAACUUGACAGCCUUCGACUUGAUAUUUGGACAACUAGAAGUGGAGGCUAGCAGUGUCCUUUCAUCUAGGACUUACAAUGACGUAGUUCCAGCUGGCUCAUUGGAUUUAGCGGCGGACGAAGCUCUGGUGCUAAGGAUGCAAGCUUGACAUAUUUAUUGAAAUGUUCAUUUAAUCAUUCUAAAGUUUAAAGUAAAUUUGGUUUUUACU